AUGGACUUAUAUGAGCAAUUAACUGACAGCAUAUUGGUACAUGAUCCAAAAUAUCAGUUUCUGCUUCAAAAUGCUCAACAAAAUGGUGUAACCACGUUAGAUUUCCUUACGUUACCAUCUCAGCAAUUGGUUAAACUGGCUAACAGGUCUAUUAAUGAGAUUAAUGAAUUUCAAAAACUUCUUAAGCAGGAAUUUAAUCGAGAAGUUAUCGAAAAUAAUCCAAUUCUGCCGGUACGAUCUGCUAAACGGCCUCAAUGUUUUACUACAGGUGAUGCUAAAAUUGAUAGUCUGUUAAAUGGUGGAAUUUAUACUCAUUGCAUUACCGAGGUGUUCGGUGAAAGCUCGACAGGGAAAUCUCAAUUUGCUAUGCAAUUAGCUUUAAGUGUUCAACUUCCUGAGGAACUAAAGGGAGCUGCAGGGCAAUGCGUUUAUAUUGGCACAGAGGGAGAUCUUCCUACACAAAGAUUGGAAAGUCUUAUAAAUGCUACGACAGAUUUCAAAGAGAAUGUAUCUCAAAGAAAUAUCUUUACGGUUACAUGUAACGACUGGGCAUCGCAAAACCAUAUACUAAGCGUUCAGCUUCCUAUCCUUCUAGAGCGCAAUGAUAACAUUAAAUUAGUCAUUAUAGACUCAAUUUCGCAUCACUUGAGAGUGGAACUGGAAUCCAAGACAUUUAAGGCCUCCUUGAACAACCGCUUUGAGAUAGAUAAAAUGGCUCAAAAUCUAUUAGAACUAAGUCAAAAGCAUGGACUUGCAGUGGUUGUUACAAACCAGGUAGGAGAUAAACCACUACCUGAUCGUCCUUAUAAGCAAGGUGUGAUGGACUACGAUUAUCAACUGGGAUUUAUGACAGGUUGGAAGGACUCUUCAAUAUACUAUAGACAUCUCUUCAACUCUGGGUGUGAAGGAGAGGACGUAUUAUCCGAUGAUGAAGAUUAUGCUAAGGUUGCUAUUGCGCACGAGAAGAUACUGCUAUCACAACAACAGCACCAGCAGCAGUAUCAGCGACAGCAGUCAGUAAAUCUCCAGAAAGAUCAGGUAAUGAAUUCUAGAUCUUCGCCGCUUAGUACAACAUCAGCCGCUAAAUCAGAAAACUUGGCCACAUCAAAUGUAAAAGUGUCACAAACCACAUCACCGCCUUCUGGAACUCCAACGGCGACAGUUAAUGCAGGCGCGCAAUCAGCUACUCCAUUAUUUCGCGAAACUAUGUACAAACGCAAAAGACGUGUUGAUACUAAAAUUCCAAACUUAGGGCUAACUUGGGCUAAUCAUUUGACUACUAGGAUAUUAUUAUCUAAAAGUUACAAGGCAGCACCUCUAAUAUGCAAGGGAGAUUUUGAUUUCAACAAAGUUAUGGAUACCUCUAAUUUUUGGCAAGUUAAUAGGGUGUUCAAGGUUGUGUUUUCUACGUAUGCAAGACAAGGUCAGACCCAGUACUCCAUACAAAGCAGAGGAAUAGUAUCAGUUGAUGAUACUCAGAAUUAA